AGUGUCAAUUGUGAGAAAAUAUGGUUUUACUAGAAAAUUUCUGGGAUGAGGUUUUGGCUGGGCCUCGUCCUGAUCAGGGGCUGAGGAGAGUCACCACCAAGCCCUUGAACCUUAAAAGAGAGGGAAAGAAAUGGAUGCCAGGGAGUCCAACGACACCAGCAACGCCGGCGACACCGUUUUCUGCUAGAAAAGAAAAUGUGUGGAGGAGUGUGUUCAACCCGGGGAGCAACCUUGCCACCAAAGGCAUCGGAGCUGAGCUCUUCGACAAGCCCCAACCCAACACCCCUACUGUUUACGACUGGCUUUACAGCGAUGACACCCGGAGCAAGCACCGUUGAUCUUCAGGACUCAAGAAACU